GCCUCUGGCUAUUUCAUGCGCGACACUAGAUGGACGCAUUAUGGCAGUAGCCAACAACUGAGCUAAGGACGAAUAAAGGAGACGUUUCUGUCACGUUUCGUAAUAACACGCUCAUUUAAUCAUCGCGCUGGUGGGCGUCAGUUUGUGACAUGGCCAACCUUUUGAGGGGGGAGGUGUUCAGGCUGUACAAAAAUCUCCUCUAUCUGGGCCGAGAAUACCCCAAAGGCGCCGCUUAUUUCCGAGAGCGCCUCAAGUCGGCCUUCAUGAAGAACAAAGACGAGACGGAUCCGGAGAAAAUCAAGGCUCUGGUGGCCAAAGGAGACUUUGUCAUCCAUGAGCUGCAGGCUCUCUACUACCUGAGGAAAUAUCGAGCCAUGAAGAAGAGAUACUACGAGGAAUAGAGGACCCACUUCUGUCUGUGAGCCUGAACCAACAACACAAACACCAAAGUCUGAUUCUUUGAGUGAAAUGAAUGUUGGUGAGUCGUUGGUUCUGUUCAGGACUCUAAAUCUGUAUUUGAGCUCAAAAUUGCUUUUUAUGCUCCGAUCGGGAAUAAAAUAAGGAGAAUAAAACACUGUCAUGUAUAAGGAAGGGUCACAUCAGAAUGUUACAGAGACUUCAUUGUAAAUAAAUGUCUGUUUUCUGUAAAUAUGAUGGAUUUGCUUGAUGAAUGAAUGUACUCAGUUACAUGUGUGAUGCCAAAAUAAACGUUUCAUUUACAAGAAA